AUGAAGAUUACACAUUCGAGUGCAGCGGUACUUCUGCUUAACGGCGCUUUUGCCGUUGCCCAAGCAACGAACGGUUCAACUGGAGUCGUAUGCCCUUCCACCUCGAAAUUCACUCCACUCUCAGCCGGAACAUUUUUCGCAAAACUGAAUCCAGGCUGGAAUGUUGGCAAUACUUUGGAUGCGGUGGAAAAUGAAGGGGAUUGGAAUAAUAAACCCGUGGAACCCGUCACUUUCGACGAUGUGAAACGAGCCGGUUUUAAGAGUGUGAGGAUCCCAGUAACAUGGGCAUAUCAUUUCACUUCACAAGCACCGGACUGGACGGUGGAUCCGGUAUGGCUUCAGCGAGUAUCAGACGUCAUCGACCAAGUGACUUCACGCGGCCUUUAUGCCAUAGUGAAUGUUCACCACGACUCCUGGACUUGGGCAGACUUGACCUCAGCGAGCACUAACGUGACAGCCUUAGAAGAACGCUUCAGUAAACUCUGGUUUCAGAUUGGGACUAAGCUGGCCUGCAAGAGCGAGAUGUUGGCAUUCGAGCCGAUCAAUGAAAUCCCGGGGACUACACCUGAACACGGUGCAAUUGUGAAUCGUCUAAAUGACAUCUUCUUGCAGAAGAUCAAUGAGGCGGGGGGUCAUAAUUCAAAGAGAGUUGUUACUUUGGUUGGAGCGGGCGAGGAUGGAGUGAAGACGAGUCUGUGGUUUAAGAAGCCGGAUCAAAAGUUUAAGAAUCCCUGGGGUAUUCAAUUCCAUUACUACAGCCCUUACGAUUACGUCUUUCAAGCAUGGGGCAAGACGACAUGGGGCUCCGAAGCCGACAAGGCCUCUCUCGAAGGCGAUCUCGCUGCCGUACGGUCAAACUUCACGGAUGUCCCAAUUGUCAUCGGGGAGUGGGCCGUAUCACCUGUAGCUACAGAGACAGCUGCAAGAUGGCGUUACUUUGACUUUUUCGUGCGUACCGCCGGAAAGUACAACAUGUCGACGAUUUUGUGGGACAAUGGUGCAGACCUGUUAAAUAGGGCCACCCAUCUCUGGAGGGACGAAGUGGCCAUGGAUAUCUUCCGCAAUGCCAUAAAAGGUAUCCCAAAUGCGUUGCCAGACAGCACUACAGAUGGCUCUGUCACUACGCAGCAAAGCUCAGCCUACAUCUACCACGCGAAGAACGAGACUGUUAAGGAUGUGACGUUGAGCUUCAGCUUCAACGGUAAUACGCUGAGCAAGAUCAGCAAGGGAAGCAGACAACUUGCCAAAGGAAAGGACUACACCCUUUCAGGCCAAAACAUCACCUUUCAAGCCGCGUACCUAAGCACUAUCAUCACGCCCUCUUCUCCGACAGGCAGUCUAACAAACCUCACUCUGACGUUCAAUCGUGGUGCUGCGCUGCAAGUAAACGUACUCCAGUACUCCACACCCGUGCUAUCAAGCACCUCCGGCCCGCUGCCAGCCGCAGGCCAAGAUCUACGCAUCCCCGUCACAUGGGCUGGCAUCAACAGGCCCGCGGCAGUCAAGGCGCAGAAGUCAGAUGGCACAUACCUCGUCGAUGAUUGGACCCAGUACCUUGGGCCUCUCCAGCAAGGUCGUAUGACCUAUGGCAAUCAGUGGGAUUGGGAUGCUAACAAUGUCAUUAUUAAGGCAGCGGCGGUAGAUGCUGUGAGGGCUGCGGGAAAGGAUACUACGUUAACAAUCGAAUUCUACCCGAGGCAGCCAGGGAAUAACGUUGUUUAUACUCUCAAGGUGUGA